AUGAAUCCUCAAGUCACACAGAUCAUCCUCAUGUUGGUGAUGAUGCGGGUCUCCCAGACUUUGAACAUGGAGGACCCCACCACUAUCAUGUACGUUAGAAUUUUGUACGUGACAUGUACCGCUGUGACAUACGUUAUCUAUCAAGCAACCAGACGUAAGAUCGUUGCCAAGAAUGAUUUGACGACUUUGAAGUACGUUUUGCCUGCCAAUAUAUUCUCCGGACAGAAAGAGGAGCAGCUAAAGGUUACCACCGUUCGUGAUUAUGAUCUAGAGCAGAUCGACACGUCGAUCAAAUCCAUUUACACCGGGCUCAUGAUGAUGGGGUUCCUACAUAUCUACAUGAAGUACACGAAUCCUUUGUUGAUGCAGUCUAUCUCUCCUGUGAAGGCUGCACUCGAGCAUAGUGAAGUUCGUAUCCAUUUGUUUGGCAAGCCUGCCACCGGUGAUUUGAAGAGACCGUUUACUCAAGCAGGGUUAUUCAACAUGGGCGGUAGUGAUAAGCCAAAGACCGAUAAGCAGUCCAUCGAGACUGCUGAAAAGGCCGGAAAGGGUGGUCUCAAGGCUGAAUAA